CCUUGGACCAGGAGAGGAGAGGAGAGGAGAGGAGCCGUCUUCUUUGUUAUUUCUCAUCUCAUUCCCCUUGUUUCUCUGUCUGUCUGUUGCUCGCGUUUCUUGAGCAGAUCCGUGCCAAAAUAUUACCGGUUUCUGCUUUCUCCCCUUUUCCUCCCUCCCUUUGUCUCAAUUCUUGCGUUUCGUUUCAAUUUCCCUUUUCAAUCGGGUGUCUAUCGUGUUCAGUAAGAACCGAUCUUGGCGUGUCUUAUAAAGAAUUGCGUUCCUUAUACCGAAAGGAAUUCGAAAUCAUUUGGCUCACCGAUUUUUUAUUUUUAUUUUUGUUUUCUUUUGUUCUUCUGCCCGAUAAGCCAAAGGCUGUCUGGGUUUUCCGCGUCCGGCAUCUUUGUAGUCCCAGAUGUUGACUUUGUUCAUCUAGAAUCGCAGAAUAUCUGUUUCUUGUUUGUUCAUUGUUCUUCGGAAUUUGUGUAUUUAUUUAAUUUUCAAUCCAAGGAUAGGAAACCCUAGCUUGUUCAUUUUGCUAGUUUGUGUACAUAUUGCGUAUAUUCUAGGGCACUCUUCGGCAUGUUUUUGUCGGGAUUGGGGGCUUAAUUUGCUGCAUUCGUUGUUGGAAUCUCUGCGAUUGCUUUUCAACGGAUCUGACGGGACUACCGAGAAAUUUGAGAUUUUUGAUUGUGGAUUAUACGCGCUAUAGAUCUUAUUGAUGCGCUGAGAGGGGAAUCGAAAUACCGAGCCGAGAUUAUCAAUUUCUGGAUUUUGAUUAGGCGUUUGGGAUAUCAAUCAUGGAUCGUGUUGUUGGAGGCAAAUAUAAGCUUGGGAGGAAGAUUGGUGCCGGAUCUUUUGGGGAGCUUUUUUUGGGAAUCAACAUACAAACUGGUGAAGAAGUUGCUGUGAAACUGGAACCGGUUAAGACGAAGCAUCCUCAGCUCUAUUAUGAGUCGAAAUUGUAUAUGCUUCUUCAAGGAGGAACUGGGGUUCCCCAACUGAAAUGGUUUGGAGUUGAUGGGGAGUAUAAUGCCAUGGUUAUUGAUCUUCUUGGGCCGAGCUUGGAAGAUUUGUUUAACUAUUGCAAUAGGAAGUUUACGCUAAAGACUGUUCUAAUGCUCGCUGAUCAAUUGAUUGGCAGAGUUGAAUACAUGCACUCUAGAGGUUUUCUUCACCGGGAUAUAAAGCCUGAUAACUUCUUAAUGGGCUUGGCACGCAAAGCAAAUCAGGUGUACAUAAUUGAUUAUGGUCUUGCAAAGAAAUACAGAGACCUUCAGACUCAUAAGCAUAUACCAUACAGGGAAAAUAAAAAUCUUACAGGAACUGCUCGGUAUGCUAGUGUAAACACCCAUCUGGGAGUAGAGCAAAGCAGAAGGGAUGAUUUAGAAUCUCUUGGCUAUGUUCUAAUGUAUUUUCUCCGGGGAAGCCUUCCAUGGCAAGGACUGAAGGCUGGCACAAAGAAGCAGAAAUAUGACAAAAUCAGUGAGAAGAAGAUGCUUACACCCAUAGAAGUGCUUUGUAAAUCUUAUCCAUCUGAGUUUAUCUCAUAUUUUCACUAUUGCCGAUCACUGCGGUUUGAGGAUAAGCCUGAUUAUUCAUACUUGAAGAGACUCUUCCGAGAUCUUUUUGUUCGAGAAGGUUUUCAGUAUGAUUAUGUAUUUGACUGGACGGUGUCUAAGUAUCCACAACCUGUCUCCAGCUCCAGAGGACGAGCAACGGGGAAGAUACCUUUAAAUCCAGGGCCAUCUGCAGAACGAGUAGAGAAAGCUCCAGUUCGACUAGAGGUGCGAGACAGAUUCUCUGGUGCUGUAGAAGCAUUUGCUAGAAGGAACAGUUCUGGUGCAGGGUUGCAUGGGGAUAACCCGAGAUACAGAUCUUCGGAGAAUGCAUCGUCAUCUAAGGAAAUGCAACCCGAUUCUGAAAGAGGCAGAUUGUCUCGUACUGGUAGCUCUUCUAAGAGAGCAGUUGUGUCGAGCAGCCGGCCCACCUCGUCUGGGGAGCCCAGUGAAAGCCGUUACGCUAGGCUGGGGUCAGGCAGUGGGCGUUUGUCAACCACUCAAAGACUACAGCCUGGGUAUGAGUCGAAGUCAUCUUCCUUCACACGCUCGGCUGCUGCCAGAGGUGUCAGAGAUGAAGCUUUCCGAAGCUUUGAGCUUCUAACAAUAGGCACUGGGAAAAGGAAGUAACUUAAUGCAUUUUGCGCAUCCUCGACCCUCUGUGAUUGGAGCUAGGAAUCCUCUGGAAAAAUGGAUGGAUGGAUGUAAUUGUGUUGACGGGCAGUGUUAUAAAAAACAACCGAACCAAACCAAACCAAACCAAACCAAAGUUGUGCGGUAUCCUGAAACUCUACUACUCUCUCUUUACAUUAUUACCUCAUUUAUUGUUGUUACGACUGCUACUUAAAUACAUUGUCACCUUGUAAACGUGCCAAGGAAGGAAGGAAGGACGACAUUGAUUGAUUGCUAUGCAGAUCUAUCAAUUCAUAUAUAUAUAUAUAUGUGAUACAUACAUACAUA